AUGAGCGAAGCAAGCAGCUCCAAGUCUGGGCUCUACGCCGUGGCCGACUUCUGCCUCAUUCCUAUGGGCCUCCCCACCCCCUCUGUCGGCCCCCAGAUCGCGGAGUGUCAACGCGUGCUCGAGGCCUCCGGUCUGGAAUACAAGGCAUGCUGUAUCCCGCUUGCCGGAUACGGCACCAACGUCGAGGGUCCUUGGGACGCCGUCAUGGCCGCCAUCGGAGAAUGUCACCGCGCUGUACACGCCAUGGGCACGCCUCGGAUUGCCACGGACAUCAGAAUAGGUACCCGGACGGACAAGAGCAUCAGCUCGGGUGGGAACGAUGGGAAAGUCAAGCGCGUCGAGGAGAUCCUGGGGGCAAAGUGA